AAUACGGAAGCAGACAGACGGAUUGAGUAAUGGGGGGGAAAAAAAUCCAAGAAGGACAUCGCUGCGGUGGAGUUUAUUAAAGGAAAUAUGACUUCUAAUAAAAACAGAUUUUUUCAUCUGUUUCUGGACUGCUAGAUCCCGUCUUUGGACCAUCUGGAUCUCUGAAUGACGGAAAAACUUAUAGGAUAUCUGAACAACUGUCUAGUGCCUCUCUUAACUAUGGACCUCAUGACCUUUAGAGAUCAGAGAUGUUAGCUUUGAGCCACUACAACUCCUCAGCCCCCCUUCUUCUCCCUCGUGUGGCUAAUGACAGUGGAGGGAAGGUGGAGGUCAGGGCUGAUGUUGAAGGGCUGCCACAUCAUGGAAACCUCACCUUUGAAGAGCCGACCGCCGGUGGGGCUUUCGUUGUCAUAUUGUCCAUGACGCUGGGCAUCAUCUCCAAUAUUGUGGCCCUCUUCAUCCUGGUUAAUGCCUACUCCCUCCAGCGCCGGCGCGCCAAAGCUACAUUCCUUCUGUUUGCCACUUCACUGGUGAUUACAGACUCUAUUGGCCAUGUGAUUCCUGGUGCCCUGGUUCUCCGACUCUACCUCUCUGGAGGUGCGAGGCCUCAGUAUGUCAACUCCUCUGAUGGGAUGUGCCAGUUCCUCGGUGGCAGCAUGGUGUUCUUUGGACUAUGCCCUCUCUUCAUGGGCUGCGCCAUGGCUGCUGAGCGAUGCCUGGGUGUUACUAAACCGCUGCUGCACUCAUCUUUGGUCACAAAAACACGUACAAAAAUUUGCCUUUCUGUCAUCUGGCUGGCAGCCCUGAGUGUGGCCUUGCUGCCCUGUUUUCAGCUGGGUUCCUACACCUAUCAGGAACCAGGGACCUGGUGUUUCAUCAAAGUGCUCAGUGACACUAAGGAGGUGGAUGUGGCGUUUGUAGUGCUGUUCUCUGGACUUGGUCUGGCCUCUCUAGCUGUGGCCCUGGUGUGUAACACCAUCAGUGGACUGACUUUGGUCCUCGCCCGGCUCAGGAGGCAGCCCGGCUCCCAUCACUCAGCCAAGUCCCACGACAUAGAGAUGGUGGUGCAGCUUGUUGGAAUAAUGGUCACCUCAUGUAUCUGCUGGAGCCCUCUGCUGAUCUUUGGCCUGAUGUCCGUGAUCCACUCCUACACGGGGACCAUUGGGCACAACUUGGCAAACUACGAAACUCUGAUGGUGAUGGGAGUGAGGCUGGCCGCGUGGAACCAGAUCCUCGACCCCUGGGUCUACAUCCUGUUGCGUCGCACUGUGCUCCGCAAAAUCUACCUCAUUGUUAAGUGCCAAGCAGGCCUGAGGGGUACUGUUUUGGGCCGUUGGGAGCCAUCCUCGUUUCACAGCUCAGAGAAGAAUGAUGUAGACCAAGGCUGAGCUGAGAGAAAAGCUGACAUAUUCAUUUGUUAGAAGGUCAGCAAACAAUUGACGAACUGUAUAAAGACCUUUAGAAAGAAAGACUAGCAGAAGAGCAGGUGGAGAGAACCAACUUUGUGGCUUUUAAAGCUUGUCUAAAAAAACUGUUUCUUGGAUUUAAUCAACAUUUCUCUUUCUUACACCAUCAAAGUUUACCAUGAGUUGAAGGUCUGACCGUACAGAUGGAAGCUAGCUAAUGCUAUGAUUUUGCACAAAAUAUAAACUUUUCUGUUGUUUACUUGCAUUGAGGUCCUUGUUAUUAUACUCUUAUAAGGAAACUCAUAACAAGAAAGGGCAAAGAUGUAGGCCACAUAUGAAUGUAGUACUAACCACACUUUGUGUGAGUGCCACUUAUACAAGGACUGCAUAUUGCCUGGAUUUAUUUGUCCUCACUUCUACCGGCUUUUAAAGGAAUGAAUUGUCGGCAUGCCUUUAUGCAGUAUUGUGUGGUUGCAAAAUAAAUCACUUGUACUGGUUUAGCCAUCAGAGGGCGCUCCAUACCAAACUCAGAGCUUAAGUAUUAGGAAUUCUGCUGAAUGUAUUUCAUUAAGGAAUGUUAAUAAACAAAUACUGUGGAGUUU